AUGACAACGUCCAAUUUACAAAAAUUAGUCGGAACGAAAUUAAUAUCUGAAAUGUUACGAUGUGAAUCUGUUCGACAAAAAGAAAGAAAUGAUUGGAAAGUUUUAGUUAUGGAUCGUUUAGCAACAAGAAUUAUAUCAGCAUCAUGUAAAAUGCAUGACAUUAUGUCAGAAGGAAUAACAAUUGUUGAAGAUAUUAUGAAAAGGCGUGAACCAUUAGGAAUGCUUGAAGCUGUUUAUUUUAUUCAACCAAAUGAAAAAUCGGUUAAUGAACUUAUUAAUGAUUUUGAUAAAACUCAUGCAUUAGUACCCAAAUAUAAAGCAGCACAUGUUUUUUUUACUGAAGCAUGUAAUGCUGACUUGUUUUCACGAUUAACUCAAUCAAAAUGUGCAAAAUAUAUUAAAACAUUAAGAGAAGUGAAUAUUGCUUUUUUACCAUAUGAACGACAGGCAUUUACACUUGAUUCACCUGAUACAUUUUAUAUUGCAAACAAUCCAACACCACUUCCACAACGAGCUGCACAUCUUGAUGUUAUUGCUGAACAAAUAGCUACUCUAUGUGCAACACUUGGUGAAUAUCCAACAAUACGAUAUCGAGCAGAGAAUGAAAAAAUGGUUGAAUUUGCACAGGCUGUUCAACAAAAAUUAAAUCAAUAUAAAGCUGAUGAUGCAACUAUGGGUGAAGGUGUUGAUAAAGCUAAAUCUAUUUUACUUUUACUUGAUCGUGGUUUUGAUGCUGUUUCACCAUUACUCCAUGAAUUAACAUUCCAAGCCAUGGCACAUGAUUUAUUAAAAAUAGAGAAUGAUGUUUUUGAGUAUGAAGUACAAACACCCGGUGCUGAUCCAAAAAUUAAUCCAGGACAAAAACAAAAGGUUUUAUUAGAUGAGAAUGAUGAACUUUGGACUGAACUUCGUCAUCUACAUAUUGCUGUUGUAACACAGAAUAUUACAAAGAAGAUUAAAGAUUUUGCUAUACAAAAACGUGUUAAAGAUACUGAACGUGGUGAACGUACAACAAUGAAAGAUCUUUCUUUAAUGAUUAAAAAAAUGCCACAAUAUCAAAAAGAAUUAAAUGCAUAUGCACUUCAUUUUAAUAUUGCUGAACAAUGUAUGAAUGCAUAUAAUAGAGAUUCUGGAGAAAAAUUAUGUUCGGUUGAACAGAACUUAGCAAUGGGUACUGAUCCAGAAGGUGAACGAAUCAAAGAUCAUAUGCGUAAUAUUGUACCAUUAUUACUUGAUGCUGCUAUUACUAUUGAAGAUAAAUUACGUAUUAUAAUGUUAUAUAUUUUACAUAAAAAUGCUUAUUGUUGUACAACACCUGAGAAAUACGGUAUUACAGAAGAAAAUUUAAGUAAAUUAUUAAGUCAUGCAUUCAUUCCAACUGAAAAGAAAAAUAUUAUAACAAAUAUGCAAUAUCUUAAUUUACAAAUUAUUCAAGAUCAAAGUCGACGUGAGAGUGGAGUCUCACCAGAUUUAGGCAGAGCAACUGCUUUGCACGUGGCUUCGGAAUUGUUUAUAAAAUCGUCAGCGGGCGGAAGACGUAAAAACAUUCCACAACCAAGAAAAGAGCGUACAGAACAAACAUAUACAAAUUCAAGAUGGACACCUUAUGUAAAAGAUAUUAUGGAGGAUGUUAUUGAUGAGAAACUUGAUUCAAGACAAUUUCCAUCCAUUGGAGGACAACGAAAUGCUGCUGCUGCUUAUAAUGUUCAAAGUACUCGAGAAUAUGGUAGUUGGAUGCAAAGUCGUCGAGGUGCCGUUCGUUCAGGUCCACGUUUAAUUAUAUUUAUACUUGGUGGUGUUGCUUAUAAUGAACUUCGGUGUGCUUAUGAAGUAACACUAAGUAAUUUAAAAAAAUGGGAAGUAUUUAUUGGUGGUGAUCAAAUAAUAACUCCAAGACAAUUUCUUCGUAAUCUCGAAAUGAAAUUAAGACAAGAAGAUGAACAAUAG